AUGCACUGUCAGAUACUAAUCUCUUGCAUUGGGGAUUGGAACUUACUGGGUGGCAUCCUAGAGGAAGUUCAUUCCCAUUCAAAUAUGGUGGGGAAGAUAUAGCUGACUAUACUCUUUAAAUUUCAAAUUCUGGUACUUGGUGUGACUGCAGAAGAAGGGAUAAAUGAACAAUUAGCGUUUGCCUGCAACGCUCAGCAGCCAGGUUACAGCAACAUCUGUUAUGAUAAUGCUUUCCUAAUCUCUUUGAUCAGAUUCUGGGUUUUUCAAAUCAUCUUUGUGUCUUUCCCCUCCCUGUAUGGGUCAUGCACUUUAUAGAAUCAAACCUUUAAAAAGAAGCAGCAGAGCCCACAUGUAAAUGGAGUGUGGAAGAACAGUAAAGACUAGAGAGACCUAAGGUGGUUAGAGGAGCACAAGAGGGUUCAUAAAGUGCCUCUGAGAGGAUGUCUACUACAGAAUUACAUCCUACACAUAUUGACCAUAUCUGUGCUGGAAACAGUCUUUAUGAUAGGCCAGUAUAUUCUUUAUAGAUUUCAAAUGGCCCCCCUUAACCAAUGCACUCAGCCUCAUUGUCCCAACACAGUGGAUUGUUUCAUAUCAAGGCCCACAGUGAUUGACCGUUUUUAUGCUCUUUAUGCUCCCAGUAUUGCAGCCAUAUCUUUGUUCCUCAAUUGGACUGAAAUAUUUUCUCUGGGGAUCACGAAAAUCUUAAGGGAAGUUUAUGAAAACCCCAGUAGUGAUGACGCAGAGCCUGAAAAAGGUCCUCGAUUUCUUUGAGAAAAUAUUAAGCUGGCUUAUCAGUGUAUGAUUUGCUCAUACCAAUUGCAAUAAAAGAAACUCAUUGCCUGCACAGCCAAUAACCAACAACACCCGAUCCAAGUCCUCAUACCAAACUCUAAUGCAAUAUGGCAAAUCCCCCUACCCAGGCAAUGGAAAAAGAAAUGGUGGAGACCGGUUCAGCACAACGGACAGCUCCAUAUCUAA